CGGAAAUUACACUUUCACUCCCCCACACUCGCUCCCUCCCCCGAUUCAUUUUCCGCUUGCUUUGAUUUUGCUCCACCAAAGAUUCAACAAUCGAAACCCUAAAAUGAGCUCCAAAUCGCGCGCCAUCUCUCAGCAAGCAUUCGAAUCGCUAGUUACGGAGAACAUCGAAGAUCUGGGCAUGGAUCCGGAUGAAGCUCUUGAGGACGCCGUCCAAACCCUAACUCUCCAAGGCGUCGAUCUCUCUGGAAUCAUAAAAUGCAUCCCUGGAGUUAAUGGUGUUGGGGACCAUCCUAUUAUGCAGCCACUAGAUAAGCUUAGGGAAAUUUCUAAAGCAAUUAAUGAGACCAUCAACCUCGAGGAGUUGAUUGAGCUGCUCAAUAAGCUCUAUGAUCUCUCCACUGAAGCUCCAGAAAAUGCAUCUAUAGCAAUAAGGAAUGGAGGGGUGGAGCUUGUCAUCUCCAUAUGCUCUAAUAUUAGAUCUGAGAAGCCUCUUAUUUCAGCUUUGAAGGCAUUGAGUUCUAUCAUCCCUGACGUCCAAAGUACAGAAACUUUUCGGCAGAGUGAUGGACCAAAAAUUGUCAUGGAUAUUCUCAACAACCACCACCAAAACAUUGACAUAUUAGAUGGUGGUUUGUCUGUCAUUGCAGCAGCUGCAACUUGCAAUGAAGUCCUCAAAGAACAAUUCGUAGACUUGAAAGUUGAUGAACUUUUUCUACAGAUUAUGGGGGAACAUUCUAAAGACACUCCACAAAGCUUAUAUGAUGCCAUUCGUGUACUUUUAACACCUGAUGAUAAUCGUGUGGUGGCUUCUCAAGUUUUUGGAUAUGCUCGAAGAUUUGCCAAGCUUGGAAUUGCAAAUGCUCUCAUUGGUGCACUCCAGGGAGGACAGCGCAGUUCAUCUAGUUUAAUUUCAGCAUGCAUUGCUUUAAAGGCAGUUGCUGUUAAUGAUGAAAUUUGCCGAUCAAUAUCUGAAAAUGGCGGAAUAGAUGCAAUUUUCCAAUUUAUAGAUGGCAGUGGCGAAUAUAACAACAAGGCUGUGGCUCGAGCUUGUUGUUCUUUGUUAUCUAAGCUGGCAGGAAGUGAUGAUAACAAAACUGCUAUAGUUCAGAAGGGUGGUCUUGAUAGACUAAUUAAACUAUCAUCCAGAUUUUCGGAUGAUCCCUCUGUUCUCCAAGAGGUUAUGUCUACUAUUGGUAUACUCUCACUCAGAUCCCCUGAGAAUGCUGCUCGUGCUGUUGAAGCUGGUGCUGGAGAUCUGGCAAUCCAGUCAAUGCAGAAGUUACCUGCUGCAUAUCAGAUGCAACGACAGUCUUGUCUUAUGAUCCGCAAUCUUGUGGCUAGGAACCCAGAAAACAGGACCAUUCUUUUGAACAACGGCAUUGAGAAGUUGAUAAGGAAAGCCAAGGGAAGCCAUCAAAGCUGCAAAGAUGCUGCAACUGCCGCACUGAGAGAUCUCGGAUUGGAUGAUUACAACGCAUAACAUAACCUAGGCGCACGACAUUGGCAAUGAAUCUUCAUCCUUGGAAAUCCGAAGUCUUGAUUUUCAUUUGUUUUGGUCAUGAAAGAUAGUAAAGUUUCUAAGGGAUGAAGCUCAUUUCUCUGUACAUUUUGAUUGCAAUCAGAUAGUAAAGUUUUGUGAUCUGGAUUAAUGAAAAGUAAAAGUUUGAAGUUUUUCUGUCUA